AUGGCAGCAACUUCGUCUACUAUUGAUGUUUAUAAAAUGAAAAUAAAAAAUAUGUAUGUGACUCCAAUGAAAAAUCUUUCCACCAAACAUAAGCAUAGUUUUUGCUGGACAGAAUUUGGUCAACUAGCGAUAGAAGUAAACGGAAAACGAAGGACUGUGCUAGGUGAAAAUGUGUUUUGUGGAGUGUGCCUAAGAAAGGCUAAAAAUGAAGACGAGGAUGCUUUGUUUUCAAAGGCCCAAGUGAAAGCUUAUGGUAAGAGCAUAGCCACAAGUAAUCUUCUCAGACAUUUAAAAGAUGCACAUGGCUUAGACGAUACACUUAAAACACGAACUUCGACCAUAAAAGAGUUUUUCACUCCAAGAAUCAGUGGCAGAAUCAGAGACGGAAGUGGUAAGAGCGAUAAAUGGUCGCUGUCCCGAGAUUUGGCUCUUUGGUUUGCUAGAUCACUGAUGCCAUUUGAUACUGUAGAAAAUGAUGCAAUGAUCGACUUUUUAAAAAAAUACAGCGUUAUUGUUUCCGAUGCAGACUUGCCAUCGAGACACAAUAUUGCACGAGAAGGACUGGAAGAUGUGUACAACAGUAUGCUGGCGUAUAUAAAUGCUUUCAUUUCGAAACAAAGCUCGCUUCGGUGCCUUGACUGUCGAUAUGUGGACCGAUAA